ACGCAGGAUACGUGGAUUCUGAAAGAAGCUGCCGGUAAAAAGAGGUUUGCCAUCCUGUAGGUCUACCACCAGCAUUUACUGAUAUUGGACCUAGAAAGUCGACAACUAGGAGGAGCAGCUUAUUUCAGAAGAUCUGGCAAUUCGAGGUCUGCAUAAAAGGAGCAAUUAUCUUCUAACCAGAAAACCCAGCUUCACCCAAGGCUGAAUGGAACUGGACGGUUGGUGUACUAAGCCUACAGCAAUGACUGGUAUCAAGAGUCAACAGAUCUAUGCCGGAAAACCGGGUUGCUGCAGUAGAGGUUCUGUAACCACCAAUGGAGGAUUCUGAUGAUCCUGAUCUUUGAACAUACUUGUUUUUGUGAAGAUUUAUUACUCGUAUUAGGGUUAUGUUCCAUUCAUGCACAACAUUUGAUUUGGUGUCUGAACAGUUGGAUACCAUAAAAUGGGGAGGUUAUCCACUUGCAAGUGUUUUUGCAAGCCGUUCAUUUUCUGUGGAACAAAGUCUGCUUCUCUCUGUCGCAGUCAAAAGUGGAGGAAAUUUCUCGUUGCCGUGUUUGCCGUCUACUUCCUGACGUUCUGCAUUGUCCUGCCAAUCCUAUGCCGUGACUUGCCGUUGACAAAGUACUACAGCCUCGGGCGGGAUACUUCUAAACAACACAGACUAUUAAAAGCCAUAGAUAUCAACGGCAUCAAUGCUGACAAUGCCGAGAAACGGUUAGCCAGGAUGUCAAAGGUUGCGACGAAGCAGCUGUAUGAGGAGUCAAUGAGAAAGGGUAAGCUCAGGUUUGUGAUCGUUGUUCAAACUAUCCCAAGGCUUGCACGGCCGUCUCCUCGUUAUCUUACCCAGCUGAUGGUUGCCCUACAUGAUAUCCUGCAGGACUCUGGAGGCGUGGAAGAAACGGCUCUGUUCAUAUGUAACACCAAGAGACCCUCUACCAGUGUACACAAGGAAGCCGUAGCUUUGGCCGAAUACUUCCCAAUGGUGCAGACGUCGCUCGGUCAAGAGCUUAAUCCCUACGAGCGAGAGAAGGAGGACUACCUUUUCUGUCUACGCGAGGCACAGAAACUUUCUUCAGAAUACGUCAUCCUUCUCCAAGACGAUGCUCUUCCUCACACAGAUUUCUACACAGUCUUGGAUCAUGUUCUGAAGCAUCGAGUUGAAACGCAGAUCCAUCAAGGCGAGCUGCAUUCAGACCGAGAUGAAUGGGUGUGGCUUAAACUUAACUUUCCAAACUCCCUUGCCAAGUAUGAACGCAACUACUACUUUGCCUUAGAAUGGGUUGCCGUUGGCCUUAUAGGAGCAUCAUUUUUUGUAUUCAUCAUGUCAUUUAUGCUGUCCUUUUGUUGUGUAAUGAAUACUGACAAACAAAAAAUAGAGGUCCUACCGCAGUUCCUUGUGGGAUUUGCAUACUGCAUGUUGUUUACAUGGCUUCUAGGUAGACCUUACGUUACCCUUCCACUGACUCUCUCUAAGUCCUUCUACAAGCUUGGCCCAGGGACAUCCUGCUGCUUGCCGGCAGUCCUGUACCCGCAAACACAAUUGCAAGGCAUCAUCAGUUUCCUUGAAGCGGUCAAACUAGACAGUAAAAAUCCGUUGGACUUUGCUUUGGACGAUUAUCGGGCCCAAAGCAAACUUCGUCAGUUCUUGAUUACUCCAAACCUAUUUUCUCAUAUCGGGGUGGUUUCAGCUCUCCAUGGUAGACCCAAUUAUCGGGUGGCUGAGAAUUAUUUGUUCAUUGUUAAAAACAUGAAAACUCCUUUUUCAAAUUGGUUCACACAAGACUAAAUAGUUUAAUUCAACUAAGCUCUUUAACAAUUGCUACUUUAGAGGAAUAAUUCCCAUUUUUCUGCCUCUAGCCUGAUGUUAUGAACCUAUGGGGUAUUGGAUAGCUAAUACACUCCAUUAUACAACUCACUCCCAGAUCCUAAUCAAAUGAUUGGUCAUGCGCGGUCACGUGUGUGCGUAAAUGGGUAUAGAGGUAAGUGUUCCUGCUAUAUUUAUGUGUGCGCUAAAUUAAGCCUUAAACUUGAGAUUUAUUUGUCAGCACAAUCUUGAAUGAAUUCCUUUUACAAUAACAAGGACUUUGGAGUUUUGAUGUAUAAAACAAAGAAUGCAUGUUUUCAUUCGUUCAUUAUACGAACUAUCCGUCCUCGUUGAUGCUGUGUGUAUCUAUUGCACUCAGCCUAACUGCUUUGUGCAAUAGAUACACACAGCCUCAACUCGAGUGUGGAUAGAUCGUAUAAUGAACUCAUGCGCAUGCAUCAUUUGUAUAUUGAUGUUUUAAAAGGGUAAUGUGCAAUGUUGUACGUUAUAACCCUUACAGCACACAUGGGACCUUUGCUGUGCACGGCUUCUGUUUUCACUCCAACUUCCCAUUUAUUUAGCACAUUCAUAAAAAAGGGGCACAAUUACUACAACAGGGGAAUGUUUCACAAAGACUAAGAUCAACUUAAAGUUUGACUAAAAUAGGGCAUGCCACUGGUUGCUCUCACCAUUGGUCUCUCAAUCUUUAGAUAAUGCUUUGAACUUCAAUAAUGAACUAUCAGAAAAGGUAAAUUCUGUAGAUUUGUGACCAAAUAGUGGCAUGAAUGGCCUGCCAUACGUAGUUAAGUCCAACUUAAAUUUGAUCCUAGUCUUUGUGAAACAACCCCCACCCCCUCCCCAGAUGUGAACAAGCCAUGAGUUUAUAUCGACAUGUACAUGUAUCAUUAGUUCCAUCACUCGUAUAAACCAUGGACUUACAAACAUUAUUCCUAUUUAACCUAUUGCAAUUCAGAGUUUCUUCUCUUUUAAUUUGAUCAGUUUUCCCUCAUCAAAUUGGCAGCAUUUAAUCUCAUAGUGGUUUUGUAUUUUAUACUGCAACUUAGAGACUAAAUAAUUAGUUACAUUUAAAUCACUCUUAUUCGAGAAUGGAGCAACAUCUUGCAUUGAUUUUUAUCUCUUUCUGCUCAUAUGUAGAAAACAUGUAAUUCUUAGCACUGAAUUCUUGGUCAAAUGAUGAUGCAAAAACGUCACCAAAAGGAGACAAUACUGCUAUCUUGGGUUAAAUAUAACAUGUACAGUAUAUGUAGUAUUAGGUGUACUAUUAGUUUGUUUAUACCUCUCUUUAGAAAUCUAGCCAACUGAUUGGUCGAAAUUGGAGUCGUGAUUUUAGCCAUUCCCGUAAAGACACAAUGCCAGCAAUGGUUAAUAGUUCAUGAGUGAGAUUCCCUAAAGAUUCCGGGUACCGUGAAAAUAGUAACACUUUGAUGAGAUCCCCAUUGGUUUACAUGUUAAAACUUAGUUUGUGUGAGCGCGAAUGCCAUAAGUGCUUUUUGUUGGCGAUUCCCGAAGGAUCGUAACAUUCAGUCAUCUUUCCAGCGAAGAUGAACAGUCAGUUUCUCAGAUUUUUUGUGAUGUUUUAACCAAUCUUUACUCAAGAAAAGGAUAAGGUAAGAAUUCUUGGUAGAUUUUUGUGUCAAUUCUGUAUAUAAAAGAUAUAGACUGCUUUGAUAUAUGAGGCAUAUUUGUUUUUACCGGCUCUCGGGGACGUUACAUCCUGCUAUCACCCCGAGGCGUAACUAUUCCUUUCAUAUCAGUCAUUAUAUCUAUAUUAUGUUAGCUUUGUAUUUAUAAUUUUUUGUUAAAUGGGGGAAGGUUCACAACUCGUCACUUUGAUUGACCAAAAAUUAUUGCCAUUAACAGGUGCUUAUUUUUUUUAAAGGGAGAGAGGAGUAAAUAACUUUUUUUACAUAGAUAUAAGGUAUUUUGAAAUAAUUUCCCUCACAACUCUUGUGCAUGUCUGUAAAAAAUGAUUAAAUUUAAAUUAUUCCAAUAAAAUGUUGAAUAUUAUAAUU